CACACGCCCUCCAAACAGGAGAACACAUACCUUGAAGCCCAUGAAGCCCGAUGUUCAGCGUUGCAUAUGUCCCAGAAAACAAGUCGUCCCACCCGGAAACCGUAGCAAAGUGGUCCAAAACGUUUUGAGACGGGAACGCGUCUUUGACUUUCUCUCAGGCUGCCCGGCCAGAACAGGUUUACACCAACUUUACCUGGAUUAAUAAUUAACAGCAGUCCCUUGAACAGACAGCAGGAUGUUUUACCAGAUGGCUGGACUGUCUCUUCAAUGUUCGCUCAGAACCAUACUUUUUUCAUUGUCCAUCUUCUAUCACACUUUUGUACAGGUCGAUCUCAGUUAAUUGGUUCUCCUCGGCCAAUAGUGGCAAAAGUUGGCGAUGACGUCAUCUUGCCAUGUCAUCUGCAGCCUGCAGUGGAUGUUGCUGCCAAGACUUUUGACUGGACAAGACCAGACCUGGACCCCAGAUUUGUUUAUGUGUGGCGUGCUGGUCAGGAACUUGUAAAUGAAAAAAAUCCUUUCUACAAAGAAAGAACAACUCUGUUCACUGAUGAACUGAAGCACGGAAACAUUUCACUGAAACUCUCCAAAGUGAAACCUUCUGAUGAGGGGAGAUACAAAUGUUACAUUCCAGAUAUGAACACAGACGCCUCCGUUGAGCUUGUUGUUGGGGCCGUCUCCUCACCUGUCAUCAUUUUAGCAGGGAUUGACAGAGACAAAGGGGGAGUGGUGUUACAGUGUGAGUCUGCAGGCUGGUAUCCAGAGCCUGAGGUGUUUUGGCUGGGAGGUGAGGGAAACCUCCUCUCUGCUGGACCUACAGAGACAGUCAGAGGUCCUGAUGACCUCUAUACUGUCAGCAGCAGAGUGACUGUGGAGAAGAGAUACAGCAACAGCUUCACCUGUAGAGUCCAACAGAAGAAUAUCAAGCAGACCAGAGAGACUCACAUCCAGGUUCCAGAUGAUUUCUUUGAGGUCCAGUCCAGUUUGUCCUCCAUCACAGUUGGAUUUGCUGUUUGUUUGGCUGCUUGCAUCGUGAUCAUUUUGUUACUUAUCUUUUCUGUGUGGAAAUGGAGACAGAACAGACUGAACAGAAUCAAGAGCAAGAGAAGCCACAGGAAUGAAAUGGAUAAAGGAGAACAGAAGGAGCGCUUUAAAAGAAACAAACCUGAAGAUCAGCUCCACAUUGAAGCAGAAAGAGAGCAGCUCAUGACAAAUGAAACAGUGACAAUGAAGAGUGUGAAGAACAAAAAAGGGGAAAGAAAGACAAAACAUUUUAAGGAGCAGCAGCUGCAGGAGGAGCAGCAGAGGAGGGAUGAAGCUGAGAAAAGAGUUCAGACACUGAAAGAUGAGCUGGAGACCAAGAGGAAUGAGGUUGAAACCAAACAAGCUGAGCUGCAGCAGCUCCAAGAAGAGAAGCAGAGGAAGGAGAACGACCUGCAGACUGUGAAGGAAGAGCUGGAGAACAAGAACAAAGAGCUGGAGAUAAUUCAAAUCAGCCGAAUCAGCAGUGUAUUUUCUCGGCGCCGGGUUCAAAAUAAGGAAGCUGAGUUGAAGACACUGAAGUCAAAGCUGGAGACCCUGGAAAUGGAAUUAAAGACCAAAAUCAAAAAGUUUGAAGACAAACAAGCUGAAGUCCAGCAGCUCCAGGAUGAGAUUCAGAGGAAGGAGACCAUCCUGCAGACGGAGAACAGAAAGCUGAAAAGAAGCAGAGUUGCUCCAGUUCAGCCUUCCUUCCCUCUGUUUAAGUGGACAAUCGUUACCAGGCAGAAGUUCCAGGAUGAGCAGCAGAGGAGGGAGGAAGCAGAGAGCAGAGUUCAGACCCUGGAGGAGGAGGUGGACAGACUGAAAGCUGGAGUCCAGGAGCUCAAACAGGAGAAGCAGAGGAGUGAGAACGAGCUGAAAAAUGAGCUGGAGACCAGGACAAACAAGGUGGAACGUCUGACAGCUGAAGUCCAGAAGCUCAAACAGGAGAAGCAGAGGAGUGAGGACGACAAUAAGAAGCUGCAGAAGGAGCUGGAUACCAGGACAAAAGAGGUGGAAAGUCUGACAGCUGAAGUCCAGAAGCUCCAACAGGAGAAGCAGAGGAGUGAGGACGAGCCGAAAAAUCAGCUGGAUACCAGGACAAAAGAGGUGGAAAGUCUGACAGCUGAAGUCCAGAAUCUCAAACAGGAGAAGCAGAGGAGUGAGAACGAGCUGAAAAACAAGCUAGAGACUGAGAAAAAUGAGGUGGAAAGUCUGACAGCUGAAGUCCAGAAGCUCCAACAGGAGAAGCAGAGGAGUGAGGACGAGCCGAAAAAUCAGCUGGAUACCAGGACAAACGAGGUGGAAAGACUGACAGCUGAAGUCCAGAAUCUCAAACAGGAGAAGCAGAGGAGUGAGGACGACAAGAAAAAGCUGCAGUAUCAGCUGGAUAGCAGGACAAACGAGGUGGAACGUCUGACAGCUGAAGUCCAGAAGCUCCAACAGGAGAAGCAGAGGAGUGAGGACGACAAUAAGAAGCUGCAGAAGGAGCUGGAUACCAGGACAAAAGAGGUGGAAAGACUGACAGCUGAAGUCCAGAAGCUCCAACAGGAGAAGCAGAGGAGUGAGAAGGAGCUGAAAAAUCAGCUGGAUACCAGGACAAACAAGGUGGAAAGUCUGACAGCUGAAGUCCAGAAUCUCAAACAGGAGAAGCAGAGGAGUGAGGACGACAAUAAGAAGCUGCAGAAGGAGCUGGAUAUCAGGACAAAAGAGGUGGAAAGUCUGACAGCUGAAGUCCAGAAUCUCAAACAGGAGAAGCAGAGGAGUGAGAACGAGCUGAAAAACAAGCUAGAGACUGAGAAAAAUGAGGUGGAAAGUCUGACAGCUGAAGUCCAGAAGCUCCAACAGGAGAAGCAGAGGAGUGAGGACGAGCCGAAAAAUCAGCUGGAUACCAGGACAAACGAGCUUGAAAGAAAAAUAGCUGAAACCAAGGAGCAGCUCGAAGAUGAGAAGAAGAGGAGGGAAGCAGUUGAGAAGAACAUGGAGAACCAAAAGCCUGAGUGUGAAAAGAAGCUCCAUGAUGAACAAAAGAGGAGGGGGGAGGCAGAGAAACAAGUCGAGAUGAUACAGCAGGAGCUCAAAGAGGAGAAGCAGAGGAGUGAGGACGACAAGGAGAAGCUGCAGAAGGAGGUGGAGACCAAGACAAAAGAGUGGGAGAAGAAGCUGCAGGAGGAGAAGAUCAGAAGAGAGAAAGCUGAAGAGAAAGCUGAAGAGAAAGCUGAAGAGAAAGCUGAAGAGAAAGCUGAAGAAAAAGUGAAGACGCUGCUGGUUCAUGUUGUUUAACCUGAAGUUUUGUUAUUAAUUAACCGUUCUUCAAUUUUUGUUUCACUUUCUUUUAAUGUUCUUCACAAAUUAAUAAUCUGAAACCAAGACAACUCAAACUACAUGAAAGCAAAGACACCAAAUGACUGAACAGACCCAAAUGCCACACACACAAACAAACGCUGAGAUAUAAGCAGCAUAUCGAAAAGCUACUUUGUUGAUUUUUCCUGAAUGACUCAUCUGUGUGUGUUCUCUCCCUCUCAGCAAGAACAAGAGGUUAAGAGUUCUCAGUUUAAGCAGCAGGACGAUACCAAUUCGGCUAGUUCGAGCUCAACGACUAGACAAGUCAUCAAGGUUGAGGUCGAGAAAUGGAAAAAAUUUAUCCAUUUCAGAAACACAUCCAGUGAGGACCAAGAACUGGGUGGCUGGACGUUGAAAGUACAAUUCAACGACAAAGAACCCAUCUCAUACACAUUUGAGAAAUCAUUCAAACUCAGUCCUGAAGAAACAGUCACUAUGGGGCGCCCAAGUCAUAAUCGUCUUUCUCAACCUGACCUGGUGUGGGAGGACCUGAAGUCCUGGAGCAGUGGAGACACACUGCAGGUCUUCCUCUUCAGCAACACCGGAGAGAUCCAACUUCAACAUAGUUCAUAGAGAUAGUCAUUGAAAGACAGUAAUUGUCACACGAUUUUUUUUUUAAAGUUUGAUAGGUAGAAUUGUACUACAAUUUUCCAAUGCACAACAUCACAGCAUUUAUAGCUAUUGCUAAUUUCCAAUGCCCGUCCCUAGAAGGGCUUUCAACAUUACAUGUACAACAUUAAGCAUAGCAACAGUAAAACAAUUACACAUUCAUAUCACCCACCGAUCCUAUCUUUUAAAAACUUUUUGCUCCUUUUAACUACAAUGAUCUCCCCAUUUAGCUUCUUUUAUCACCAACAUGAAAGGACCGUGAUAAAAAGUUACCAUCACACCAAAAUGCUGAACAGUAAAUAGUGCUGUAAUCCAGCAAACCUGAAAACACUGAAAGUUAUACAUCAGGAACAGCACAACUCAGAUCUUCCUGUGAAAACACAUGUUGUAGUGACGUCCAGGAAACACAAGGUCACAUCACGUCCGGAUCUGGAAUCAACAAAAUGAGACCUUUUUAUCAA